UUUGUGGUUUUAAAAUUUUAGGUUAGUUUGUUUUUCAAACAAUGAAAUGCUAGUGAAAGAUAAGUAAACAAAAAUUUACAAUGCACGUUAAAGAACAAGAUAAUUUCAUGUUAGGAGUUCAACAUGCUUUAGGUCUACCAAUUCGUACCAGAUGUGCAGAACUAACAGUUUUAUUAGACAGAGGCGGUUUGUUGGAAUUACACAAUUUUUUCCCUAUAUUAAUAGACAACAUAUUUGGCCCACAAGGAACUCUUUCCUGGGGGUUAAGAACUACAACGGAGGAUCAAUGUGAAGAUUUUCGACAGUUGCAACAUUUUCUUUCUCCAGGCGGACCGUUGUUUAAACUAAUCUAUACUUUGUUGAGGGAUCCGAAUAUCAAAUAUGAUUUUCCUCUAACUUAUUUACCAGCCAAAAUAAGACAGUUUUUAGAACACUCUCAAGGACAUCCCUUUUACUCAGAGUUAAUACAUGUUAAUCCUCAAACUAAACAGAUUAUGUCACUUUUAUUGAAUCCAUUUGACUAUUACAUAUUCCACUUUGCCUAUCACUUAAUAAAUCCGUGGCAACAAAGAGCUGGUUCUGCUGUAACGUCCUGGAAUACAGUGUAUUAUAUUUUAUGUUGUGAUUAUAUAAUUCACUUCCUUCCUACUGAUCCAACUGCUACAAUUUUGCCUGUAAUAUAUUACAAUGGGAAAAACCCACUUCAGGCUAUGAAAAGCAGUUUGCAGGAGCAAGAACCAAGAAGUUCGGGUUUAAUCAAUGCAAAAACUCUUGCAAAAUCAAAAGAUGAUUCUUUUAAGAAAAAUUUGGAUAUUCAUCAUCCAAGGAAUGAUAUUUGGCGCAGCGAAUCAGUUUUAACUGUAUUUACUGAUAUGUGGUUGUAUAAUGAUCAAGUAAAUGAGUCUACAUCAAAUCUAAAUAGUACUUUUAACAUCUCGAUGACGACUCGACUCUUAUAUCAUAACGAGCUUCCUACUGGUGAAUAUAUGCGGAUUGUCCGUGUCCUUAUAAAGCAAUUGCAUUCGUUUUCUGGCAGCGCGAAAGCAGAUGACACUCACUUGGCAGAAUUAAAAAAAAUUGCUCUGCCUAUGAUACAGGGAAAGUUUUACAUAUUUUUAAGGAACUUGAUACAUCGCUGGCCGCUGGAUGGUUCUUUUAGACUCGUUUUGGAAUUAUGGUUAACUUAUAUUCAGCCUUGGAGGUAUCCGCCGAAUAAUCUCAUCAAACAUUUAAAUAAAAAGGAGACUAAUCCGGAUGUUGAAGACGUUGCCCUGGCUCCACAGGUCUCAGUGGAAAGGGAAUACCUACCUUUCAUUGCAGAAAAUUUAUUAUGUUAUGUUGUGAUAUUCCAACAGCUUUUACCAAGGUUUGGUCGAGUCGAUUUGGUUAGUCCAAAAAUUUCUCUCAUGCUGUACAGAUUGUCAAAGGUUUUUGAUCAACCAAAUCUGCCAAACUUCCUGAGAGAAGUGGAACAAUGCGUGGAGAACAACCAUUCUCCAACCCACAAAUACAACGAUCACUGGGCAAACAGUUUACCACCUCUUUCUCCUACUAGUAAUUGGUCUACGAAUAUAACCCAAAGAGGCAAUACAUCCGUGGAGUCAUCUCACAAGCAAGGAUUCACUCCGAUUUUGAACAGUACUGCCUUCUUGUCUGGCAAUACAGUUCACACGGAGAAGAAGUGGUCAGCCAUAGUGAGGCAGAAAAUAUUUGAACUGGAAGGGCCUAAUUUUUGUUACAAGCCUUUAUUUUCUGAUCCUCCUGCACCAGAGGUUUACGAUUUGAUCAUUCAGAUUAAACGUUCCAUCAGGCACGCUCAAGAGCUGGUGAGACUGAAGCAGGAAGAAGAGGAGAAAAUGUAUUCCGGUUUUUGGGGACAGAUCAAAUAUUUUUUCCAUACUCCUUCUUCCAAUGAUGAAUUUACAUUAAGGGAUCGUCAGAAGGUGCCAAUGUACCUUCAAGUUGCCCUAGAAAACUUAACGGACAUGUUUAACAUCACAACAGAGGUUACAGAGAGGGAGCCAGAACCAAUCGUUUCUCCCAAUACCAGUAACUUUGAUAUGUCAAAUGAUUUUAAAUUCCUCACACCUGAAAGAGUGAGGAGCAGAAUUAAAAACAUUAAAUACGAGGGAGAUCCCGAUUUACAUCCCAUCCAGACUAUGGAAAACGCAUUUCUAGUUAGGACGUUAUACCAGAUUGCACUGAAAAUAAAUGAAUGUUAUGGUCCAAAUUUCUACCAACUGUACCACAGCCCGACAUUCACGGGUAGAUUGGCUAGGCAAAUUCUCUGCCCGCCAAUGACAAUCUACAGAUACGAUAAAACAAUACCAGGCUCACCGAGGGUAAGCAGCAAUUUACCGCCCAGGGUUAGCCUCAGGUUCAUGGCCAGUUACAGAUUUUUAACUUAUUUGUGUAUCGGCGCGUUUAUUUUCUGGUUAUUGGGGUACAACCUCGAGUUUUACCUGUUUUUUAUAAUAACUGUAUUUAUCGUGUACAAAUCGUUUAGAGCAGUUAGAAGUGGCGAGUCGGUCGUACGUCAUAAUUAUCCCACGGAGGGUUUCGGAAAUAUUAGCUUCAGUGAUUCAUUCUGAAAUAGUUGUAUUUAUAUUUUUAUUACAUGAAAAUGUUGUGAUUGAAUGUUAAUAAAGUAAUUUGUUUAAU